AUGAGUCAGGUACGCUUCUGAACAGCACGAAAAUGUCUGGAAUUGUCUGAAAAUUUGGCAACUGAUAACGAAUCGUUUCUCAAAUUUUGACACUAAAAAAUAUAGAAAAAGUGAACUUUACCCAUUUUUCUCAAAUUUUCAAUUUAGAAUCCGUCAAUGGCAGAGCUGAUCGAAGCGGAGCGCAAGGCCAACAUUUUCUCGAAAUUCUACACGGCCUCCACGCGAAAUGAUCACAGAAAACGACCGGGACGAGUGGAUCCGCUGGACGAAAAGUUGUCGGAAGUGCAAAAAUGUCUGAGAAAGUACAAGCACGCCCACGCACUGUGUUUUGCCGCCAAAUGGCACUGUCGGAAGGCCGCCGAGUCGACACGCAAAAAGUUGCCACGUAAGCAGAGACAAGUGGCCGAAUUUCCGACGGAAAACGAAAAAUCGCGAGAGAUUUACGCGUAUUAUCGUGUCAUCGAUGAUAAAGUGGAGAGCAAUGGAAAAUACAUUGUGGUGGCGUGCCACGUAAAUGUGCACGGAUUUCAUCGCGGCGACCUCCGAUUCUUGGAGGUGAACGAUCAGACGGAAGUGGCCGGAUUCGAGGGCUACAGUUGCAUCGGACAGUUGUUCCUCGGCGAUAUCGUAGCCGUCACGGAGCUAGAGCUUGCCGUUAAAGGGACCAAACCGAAAGGGACCCCGAUUUCGGUGUUCGGUGUGAGCCACGAGACCCCGUGCACAUGGGCGGUCGCAAAAAUGGCCGUUCUUACGCGAACUCUCGACCACGGCCUCGUUUUUUCGGUGCUCGCCAACGGAACUGCCAUUGUGAAAGGAGGUGAUGAGGCGAUGAACGUGAACGCGAAAACUAUGAGAAAAGGACCGGAAAGUGAUAAAAUGUACAUUGGCGAAGGAUUUAUGCCCGAAAGAAUCGAGUCGCUCGUCGCUUUGAACUAUAAGAGCGAUUGGAAGUAUCGAAUUUCGGCGAUGGCCACGAAGAUUCCCGUGUAUCCGAAACAGUUGGGCACCAUUUACGCGUUCGAGUAUUCGAAGGAGCUCACCGAGCAAUUUGGCAUCGGAUGGAGAGCGUUUGAAGGUAAAUUUGUGGGUCUGGAUAUUUUGAGUGUAAAACCCAAAUCUCUUUGCAGAAUUUUCCACGAGCCCUCACAAUCCGGGAGAAGUGGUGCAAACGUGUGCAGUGAUGGGCUAUGCGGCCGCGCAGACCGUCUUCAACGGCCGCUUCGACUCGCGAACGUUCCAAAUGCGAAAUAUCUCAAAGAACGGAAUGAUCGUCCGCUUCACCAUCCUCAAUCCGUCGGCCCAUCCCACAAUCGGCCGCUGGAACACGAGCGGUCGCAUCAGAAUUUCGGGACGGCUUCCGGGCGGUGAAGUGCCUGCCGUCAUCGAGACGGUGAUCGCCGAGAAAGGACGCCUUCAGCUGGCCGCCCGAAUCUCGAGGGGCGCCCCGAAGGAUUUGCGUUUCUGCUCCCGAAUGGUGUACUUGGUCUCGCAGAGGGAACCCUCCGAGAUCACCAUGCUCUCGAAUAUCUUCGUCAAAUCGAUGGUCGGCGAAUCGAACGGAAAACGCAUCAUCAAGACCCUGUACGGAGGACCGCCCAUUCCGAUUAUUACUGUCGGCGCCAGAGGAAAAUUCAAGUUUGGAGAGAUGGAGCUCAAUGAAUCGCAGUGCGAAUACGUGCAAAUGGUGUUGGACCGCAAUCCGAUGGUCAUCGGAAGUUCGCCGUUCGGAUGCGGAAAAUCGAUGACGAUUGUGACCGCCGCACUCGAAAUUGUGAAGGUCUGACAUAUUUCCGCUGAAAACCUCUUUUUCCUGCUCAGAAAGCUCAAUAUCUCGACAAGUUUUGUGAACUGGGCUCACAAGCACCCAGAAGGCUCUAAUUAUCAACUUUUAUCAUUUUUGGAACAAACGCUUAUCGGAAGUGAAGAAAAAGACAUUUUUCGCUCGAAAUUUGUCGCUUUGAUUGAAAACACUGCAUUUCAUGCUAAUUUCGCUCAUUUAUUUUCCGCUUUCGAUAAAAAUAGAGAUAGAAUCAGCGAAAUGAGCAGAAACAGCGUUUUUUCAGAAAAAUCGACAAGUGGACCUUUUCCUCCGCCUUCGAUGACUUUUUCCUCGAAAGGGGAUGCAAUAUGAGAAUGCAAGCAUUCUGGGUGGUUGAACACUGAUUUUUAGUCCAAAACAUCGGUUUCGGUUCAAUACGUGUAUUUUUCCAGAAUUUCAACAAAAAUCGCACUGGAUACGAGAUACAACGACAACAACAGCUUCUGGUGUGUCAGAGCAACUACGCGUGCGUCAAUUUGGUGCACAUUAUGGCGAAGCUCAAAAACGCCGGACCGCCCGUCAAUUUCCUGCGCUUCGUGUCGGUCAACAACUGGAUGGAGCUGCCGGACGUAUGCCGUACCGAUCACGAUCUUCCGGCGCUCGUUGGCGAAAUUUUCACGAAAUGGGCCACCGGAGCGCUUGUUCAGCACAUGAAAAAGCGCGAAAGAUAUUUGAGUCACGCCGGAAAGGUGAAAAUCGUCGAAUAUUUGAUGGCGAUGGAAGAGAUGCAAACGGAAUUAUGGACGAAAGAAGCCAAGGAGAUUCAGAGACAGAUCAAGGAGGUUCCGAGGAAAGCGAAGGGGUAUAAGAACAGUAUUGGAAGUCUCCUCAUCUCGUUCUUCGUUCUUUUCACCCCGGACAUUGUCAUUUCCACGGUGGACUCGGUGCCGACGCUUUUGAAAUCGGGAAUCCUCAAAACAGUGAUCAACGUCCAGGUGGAUGAGGCCAGUCAAGUACCCGAGUACACUCUGCUCAGUCUCUUCAUCAAAUUCCCGAAAGCCUGCUUCAGUCUCAUCGGAGACACCCGACAACUGCCGCCCUAUUGCGAGGAGGCGUUGACCGGCAAGUUGAAGGAGUACGGUAUCGGAAAUACGAUGGAACGGGCACUCGAGACAGACAUGUUCCCGAAGACCACGCUGAAGUACGUCUAUCGAUGCCAUCCGGUGAUCACGAACUUGCUCAGUGAGCUAUUUUACGAAGGGGAGCUGAUUUCUGGAGUCUCGACUACGGAGCGAAGCGAAUUUAUCAUGAAACGAUCGGACUUCUGGCCGAAUCCUCGAUACCCAAUCACUGUAAUUGACAACCAGGAAAAAGGAUACAGGAUGGGAACGUCCGCGGGCAACAAGUCGGAAGUGCAGAUUGUGAAGCAACUCCUCCAAAUGCUCACGAAGAAGCACAAUGGUUACGAGCUGCACGCGCGGGACAUCGGCGUCAUCUCGUUCUACAGUGCGCAGACGUCGGUGCUGACGGAAGCGUUGCGUGGGAGCGGCGUCAAGUGCGGCACAGUGGACUCAUUCCAGGGCACCGAACGGGAAGUGGUCAUAUUGUGCUGCACAAACGAGAAGCUCUCCGAGUUCAUGCAGCUCGCCAAUCGGUUGAAUGUGGCCAUGUCCAGGGCGCGGCAGGCCACUAUCAUCAUCGGAAAUGUGCACGGUCUGCGGAAGGCCAAGUAUUGGAGUACGAUUUUGAAGCAGGUCGAGGAAAAUGGAUGUUUGGUUGACAUGGUGAGUAGCAGGCGGGGAUUUUUUGAAAAUAGUGCGCAAUAUUCUACACAAUGAGCGUUUCUCCUAUGAAAAACUAAUGGUCUCUACGUUUCCUUUUAAGAAAUUAUUGUCCCGGUAUUUUGCGCUGUGUGGUGUCCACAGACAAAGUUUUCGAACAGAAAUUGUCAAUUUUGCUAACAAAAUACCGUGACAAUACUCUUUAUUGAAAAAAACUUGUUUAUGCUAUUUUUACAGAAAAAUCACGAAUUCAAAAAACUAAACCCGGCGGCAAAAAAGUGCACAGCGAAAUCAACCGAAAAGGUACCCAAAUUAUUAUAGGGGCACCGGACAGAAAGGGCGCGCUGUUCGCAAUCUGUCCGAAUUUCUAGGCCGCGAAGUAAUUUUCCACUGAAAACGUGGCCUAACUUUUCAAACUCGGCCCCGAGGUCGCUCAAUUUGCACUGCAAAAAGAGUUUCUCAACAGAGCGCCAUUUCUGUGCGGUGCCCCUAUAAUACGAAUUUUCACUAAGAACAGCCAAUUUUUACAGGAAAUCACCGAGAUGACCGAAGCGAUGGCCGAAACGACUCUGAAUCCGGCGAAAAACGGCAAAAGGCGUUGUGCCAGACGCCGAAACAGUGCGGCGGCCAAACAAGAAUAA